CAAGUUACUAUGUUACAAUUUGAUAAGAUUACUAUGAACAGACAUAAAUUUGAAUCGGUGGUACUGAUUUCUAUCAUGGAAGUUUCAUUGAAUGUGAGCCAUCAUAUUUAAACAUUGUCAACCCCUUCUGGUGACUCUUAGUACGGCAGGCACUAGGACCCGCAGCACUCCAUGGUCAGACAGAGCCUGCAGCCUCUCGGAAGCUUCUCACUUACUUCAGAACAAUUUUCAAACAAGUGCAGGAGUCAGAAAGGACUGUUUGGGAUAAUUGACAAAGAAUUUGUUCUUCCCCUCCCUGGCAUCUCAUGGAUUUGGACACUAACUGGAAUAUGUUUCAGUAAUCCUCAGGAGUUCUUACAUCAGUGGGGAGAAAAAAGAGCUUUUGAAGAGCGCUGAAGAGAAGCGGAGGUAGAGGAGGGCAGAGGUGCGCUGGAUGGGGGCCACAGCCAGGCCUGAUGGCAGGAGCCCAGAACACAGUGAGCUCUAAUCACAUCCUCUAGGAGCCGCCGAGGUGCUACAGUUCACGUGGAGACACUGAAAAGGUUGUGUGCCCAUGAGGUCGUCCAUGCUGGUCCUGUUCCUCUUCUUCAGUGCCCAGGCCGUGGCCACCAUCAGAGGGGACUCGUGUACCACCAAGUCGGCACAGCGGCAAGAUUCAGGUGACAACCCCAACUCCAUCCCCACAGUGGACCCCAAACUCUUCACCAAGCGCCACUACCUCUCACCCAGGGUGCUCUUCAGCUCUCAGCCCCCUGAUGCAGAGCCGGCAGCAUCAAAAGGUGCCAGCAGAAGGACACGCAGGGGGGCAGGAGAGCCUCAGCACCGUGGGGUGUACUCAGUGUGUGAGAGCAUCAGUGUCUGGGUUGGCAACAAGACCAAGGCCACGGACAUCUUAGGCAACGAGGUGACAGUGCUCCCAGACGUGAAUAUCAACAAUGUCAACAAGAAGCAGUACUUCUUUGAGACAAUGUGUCACAGCGGUCGUUCAGGCGGCUCAGGCUGUUUGGGAAUUGAUGCCAGACACUGGAACUCCUACUGCACCAACUCACACACUUUUGUACGAGCGCUGACUUCAUUUAAAAACCUGGUGGCGUGGAGGCUCAUACGCAUCAAUGUGGCUUGUGUCUGUGUGCUCAGCCGCAAGUCAUGGCGGCAGUGAAGAUUCAUACACACACACACACACACACAGGCUCACACACUCAGUCAAGUGCAGUACAUACACAAGACAUACUCAUACUAACAUGCAGGCAGUUGUGACUUUCUCUACAUAAAUUAUCACCAAAGACUUCUCACUCUCUGCACAAAGUAAAUUAUUGGUAUACGUCAAAGUAUCAGGACUGCAUGUAUAUACACCAGGCCUGGGUCAAAUAGUAUUUGGUUUAAGUUUAGUGGGUUUAAGUAGCUAGUUUUUACCUGUUUGAAGCACCACAUGUUAAGGGGCCGUUGCAGUGUCACUUAGCAUCUGGCUGAUUUUAGCUGCAGUUUACAACAGGCUCAGCUCACACUGGUUUAAAAUGCAGCUGCAGGCUAAGUUGCUCCUGACUUCUAUGUCAAAAUAAGCAUCAAACUUCCAUUUCACAGGAGAAUGCAAACUUAGAAGUAAAACAAUUUAUCAAGCUACUUACCCCCACUCACAGUAAGAUGCAACUCUCAGGUGAUCACAUGACUGAUCACCUGAUCACAGCAGAAACAGCCAGUCAGAGACAAGAAUAUACCCCACACUUGCCAUAUUGUGUAAUGUUUUACAGAAGAACCCUUACAUUUUAUUCUCUGAUAUGCUUUGUAAUCUUGUAACAAUUACCCUGUGAAAUAACAACAAUCUAAUUUAUUUAUGAUUGAUAAAUAUGGAUUAAAUAAUAGGAAACUGGCUACAGCUGGAUAAAAAGAACUGAACUGAACUGAAGCAGGAAAAAAAUCUGCUGCUGGUAUAUGAGGGACAUCAGAGAAGGGGAAUUUGUCACCACACUGAUAAGUGCAGAUUGAUAUAAUAGUUAAAGAUGUAUUGAAAUUUAAAAAGUGGUGUAACAUUCUAUCAAAUCAAGUAAUCAAGUAAGACUCACCUUAUUCAAAAUUGAACAUGUUGCUUUAUUUUGACCAGCUUAUCUCAGGUUCAACUGAACCACAGCUGAACUGCAGCUACAACGAAUUCAUCUUGUAAGAUUCACCCAACACAGCCACAGGUGAUUCAGACUCAUAAAAAUGUCUGGUUUCAUCUGUAUCAUUUUCCGUUACAACUAACUGCUAAUUAAAGAAAUUAAAAGUCCCACUCAAGCAAUAUACAGUGUGUGUUUAAUCAUUAUAGUUGAGUUACACUUUUGACAAACACAAGCAUACGUUUUCACUGAAUUAAUUUAAGACAGAUGUGAAUCAUUUAGUUGUGCUUGUGGCCUCAGGUGACUGAAACAGUUUACAUGUCUCACCUGAAUAAAUUAGAGUCUGCAUGUAUUGGACUUAUUGGUGCUGAUACAUUAGUCUAUGCAUUGUUCCACACAGAAUCAGUCACCAUCUUUUCUGGAGUCAAAAAUAAGCUGAGGUACAAGUGAAUAAGAUCAUACAAGUCAAAAUAUUUUAACUUUGAGAGAUUAAUUUAAUUAUUUAAACUGUAGAAAUCUGCCUUUAGACUGAAUUUUAUUAUCUUAAACCACUGUUCAGGAUCUGCAGCAGGUUUAAUUUAAGCCUCAGAUACAAUGCCCUCUAGUGGCAUUUACAUGAAUUCAGCAAGACACGGUAACUGGCUUUAGAUUGAACCUCGGGUGCGGUUUAAGAGACCAAGACAUCAUGUCUUAAACUCGAAACCACAGCUCAGCUUGUCACAGAGCAACAGCCUCUAAAUGUUUUAGCACAACACAGUCAGGAUAAUUAUAGUAUUUUUCUGCCACCCCUUAUAUUUUCCUAUAGCACACCCCACUCACUCUAAGUAGACUAAUGCAACCCACAAAUUUUGGAAAUACAAUUUGACCCAGGUCUGAUAUAAGCAAAACCUUUGUUAAGAUAUUGUUGUUGACAUUGUUAUUUAUUAAACACUCACAUACAUGCACUGUGUAUUAUGAAGUUCUUUGAAUGAAUACUAAGCCUGUUGUUUCCCAAAGUCUUGACAUGAGACAUUGUUUUUUGGCCUGGAUGAAAAAAAGAAGAGAAAACCCAUAUGGCUUCUGUUUACUGCCAGUAAUUUGGUGUUUUGGCUUUGCUUUGUGUUUUCCUCCUGCUCGACAGUAGAUAUGGAACAAAGGGGAAAAGACAUAAACAUAAAUAGAUUGCCUAUGAUUCAUCAGUCUAACUCUGGCUGAUAAUAUCAUGGCUUGUCAUUUUCUUUGAUUUGGCAGUGACAUUUCAGCAUUGUGAGCUCUCUACAAAUUGUACUUGAGGCCAAAGAGUCAGUAUCAGUUGUGAUUUUUUUUAGGCUUGUAGCCCAGUUUUGUAUCACAGCUGACAUUUAAAAUGUCUGAUGUAAGCUUCGUGAGCUUGGGGGUAAACUUGAAAUGGAGACAAAGGGCAGCUGCUCAGAUUAUGUUUCUGGAAAACUCUUGUUUUAAGAGAAAUACUCCCAGAGAGCUGUCUAUCAAUCAACUCUAAAUAUUAAUUCUCUGAGCCAAUUCGUUUAGUUUACUACUGACUGUGUUUACUUCAAACUCAGUCGUCGCUGGCUGCCCAAAACAAAAUGCAACAGUGCCCUCCAGAGGUUAAAUGUUGACACAUGUCUGAUGUGUGUUCAAAUCAAAGGAGGACAACAGCUCUGCUGCUCAUGACAGUGGAGUAUUCAGACCCAUCUACGACCACUGUGUAAAACAAUUACAAGUCCUGCAUUUAAAAUGUUACCUUAACUAAAAGUAUGUUUGUAUAUUCAGGAGAGUAUACUUAAUGGACAAACACAAAGACAAAGACCUUAUGGUAACAAAACUUCGACAUCUUCUUCUCUUAACACAGAUUAUUUGUUGAAAUAGAUAUAUGAAACAAUACCUCAAAAUCAAGGAAAAGCAAGUGCAAUUACUACCAAGAUUUUAUGUGCAUUUCUUGAUCUGUCCACUAGAUGGAGACAACGACAUGACUAUACAUCCAGCAUCAUAAUAUUUGUGUGUCUAUCUGGUUCUGCUUAGAACUCCUGCUGAUAGAUGCAUGCAAAUAAAUGAUCCUAGUUUUCAGAUGUUGGAGUAUAGUUUAAAAACACCAAACAGACACAGUCACAGUCACAUCACAAUGAAAUUACCACCUAAACCCUGUUUGUUGUUGUCUCUCUAUCCCAAAAUAUUCACUGACACGUCCAAAGUAGUCUACUUUACCAAUGAUUUCUGAACAGACCAGCUUGACCUCAUGAAAAAAAAAACAAAAAACAAAACACAUAGGUUCAAGAGGUAUUUCAGUAUCACCACAUUGUUUCCUCACCUCUGAUGUCUCUUGGAUCAUAAGGAUGACUCACAGUUGCACCAUGUGGAGAUCAGGUUACGUUAUUGCACCAGAUUUACAUAUCAAGCACAGAAGAGGAGGGUGAGGAGAGGGCGGCUGAGGAAGGAUAAUGGGAUUUUGACUCCAUUACACCCUAAGGAUAUGGUUUCAGUUUGGGUGUACUUCCACUGUGAUAAUUACAGCUCUGAAUUCAUGACAGGAUUGGAUGACCAAAUUGGUAUUAGGUUAGCAUUGAUGCAGUUCAGUGAUCUUAUUCAAGGUUACACAGAAACCAUUAAUCAUCUGUAAUUCAACAGGGUACAAUGAUAUCUAUCUAUCUAUCUAUCUAUCUAUCUAUCUAUCUAUCUAUCUAUCUAUCUAUCUAAUGUUUGAUCGAAUGUUUGACAGCUGAAUCCUCACAUUAUUUCUGGAGUUGUUAUCUGAUUGAAAAUAGAAGUAGUAGGCAGUGAUGUGAUGUGUCUCAUGAUCGACCCAGGCUGAUCUUCUCUGAUACUCUGGCAGACAAACAGGGGGGUCGCUGUUUCCCUCCCACAUCAGUGCAGCAAACAAAGGAAAGCACAAACAUGAGAAGCUUGAGUGUGAGAGUGGGUGAACCGGAGCUGACCCUGUCGGGCCCACAGAGAAGACACAGAAGAGCUACGGUGACGCUCUAAUACUGCACUCUUCAUUCACUGGAACUGGUUUGAAUUCAGUGUGCAAAAGCCACACUACAAUACUACAUGCAUGUUUAAAUUAUACAAACAGUUACCAAGCAAAUGAACAAAUAAUUCUGAUUUCAUAUAAGACACCAUAAAUAAUUUGUAUAUUAACACUAGAGCUACAAUGAUUAGUUAAUUAAUUGAUUAAGCAAUUGACGGAAAAGCAAUUUUGAGUAGUUGAAAACGACAGAAAUUUUCGUGGUUCCAGCUUCUUAAAUGUGAGUAUUUGAUCCUUUACUUUGUCAUACAUGAUAUUUGACUGUUGUUCAGACAGAUCAACAUAUUUGGAAUGUGGGAAAUUUUAAUAGAUAUUUCUCACAAUUUGCUGACAGGUUAAUUUAUAAUGACAAUAGCCAUUAAUUGCAGUUCUAACAAACACAUAAACAAAAGCAAAAGAGUAUGCUGUAGAUGUUCACUGUGACUGUCUGUUACAGUAAAGAACUGAAAACUCUGUGCAACUGCCAUAAAGGACACUGAUGUCCUUGGGUUUGGUUUCUAGAGCAACCUGUGGAGAGUUUACAGUCAUGUUGGUCAGAGACAUAUCUCAGUUCACUGUGUUUCAGGUGCAUACUGUAGACAAGAUCCCAUAUUUUCAUAAUAAACACAGAUAUCAGUGGCACGACGUAGGGUGAGAGGCAGCAGUGACAGAGCCAGACAAAUUUUCACAGGGAUGGCCAGGUCAUGGCCAGUACUCAGUUUUCAAUAGCACAGAAAUUACAGUUUUCCAUUUUUUCUGCAUUAAUGGAACUGUACAGAAGUUAGAUUAUGAUAACACUAUUUAUAACACUAUUAGCAGCUCUCUGUUCUUUUGUAGCUCUUUAGAGUCUAGUUUAACUUCACAGUUUACUCCUCCAGAGGGAACUAUGAUUAGCUAUGUGGUGCUACGUGGGGUGGCCACCCCCUAGCUCCACCACUGAAAGGCAGGUUUAAAAGCAUCAAUGUGAGAAAUGAAUAAUGACUAAGUCUACAAAGUCUUGUCCUACAGUCGCUCCCAAAGAGCCUUGAGGGUCCUCACAGAGGUACUGAGUGUCCUCAACAAACUGAACAACAGAUUAAAUUCACCACAUUUGCUCAAAAGAAGCAGACAAAAUAGGGACUGCAAACAGAUGGCAGUUUUCUAUACUGGCUUCACAUCUCCCACCCACACAGAUUGUUAUGUAAUUUGCUAUUUAGUCAUAUCUACAAACAAUUUUCUUUUACAAAUGAAGUGUAUUAAACACAAGUGUGAUCAAACAGAGCUCUAGUCUGGGCAAUUUUAUAUUUGCUGUAACAUUUACCCUUAUUAUCACCGCGGUAAACCCCAAGCACUGAUAUUACCCAAUGAAAUGAGGCUAUUCCUUAUGUUGUCU